AUGCCGAGGGUCAUUAAGGUUGAUCCAGUCGCCCUUUGGGAAACUUUUUCCACUGCCUCAAUUUCUGACACUAGGUUCAAUGUUGUUUAUUUUCUGUACUUAGAAUUGGACACUGUUACCAAAUGUUUGCACUAUGUUGUAUGUGCAUUUCUCACUGUUUGCACUACAUUGUAUGUCCCUGCCUCAUUAUAUUUGGAGAACUUAUUGUUUACAAAUGAUUCAUCCAUUUCUGGUAUUUUAUGUGUAUAUGCUGGUUGGCCUCCAAAAAUUAGAUCCUUCAUCAAUAGUGUCACUGCUGUUCCACUUGAGAAUAUAGAGGGACCUCUGAAAGGUUUUGUCUGGGAGUUUGAUAAGGGAGAUUUCCAUCAUUGGGUUGAUCUUUUCAACCAUUUCGAUUCAUUUUUUGAGAAGCACAUAAAAUCCAGGAAGGAUUUGCAGGUCGAGGAUAAUUUUCUGGACUCUGAUCCUCCUUUUCCAAGAGAAGCUGUUCUUCAAGUUCUCCGUGUAAUAAGGAUAAUUUUGGAGAACUGCACAAAUAAGCACUUCUAUAGUUCUUAUGAGCAGCAUCUUUCAUCUCUGCUUGCUUGCACUGAUGCGGAUGUGGUUGAGGCUUGCCUGCAGACUUUAGCUGCUUUUUUAAAGAAAACAGUUGGAAAGUAUUCCAUUAGAGAUGCUGCACUAAAUUCAAAGUUAUUCGCUCUUGCACAAGGUUGGGGGGGAAAAGAAGAGGGUCUUGGAUUAAUUGCUUGUGCAAUACAGAAUGGUUGUGGCCCUAUUGCUUAUGAGUUGGGUUGCACCCUUCAUUUUGAGUUCUAUGCAUCGAAUGAUUCAACAGAUGACAUCCCUGCCACCCAAGGUUUACAAAUCAUUCAUUUACCUAACAUCAACACUCAUCCAGAGGCAGAUCUUGAGCUUUUGAGUAAAUUAAUUGCCGAGUACAAUGUACCCUCUAGCUUAAGAUUUUCUUUAUUGACAAGAUUGCGGUUUGCAAGGGCUUUUGGUUCUUUAGCUACCCGCCAGCAAUAUGCAUGCAUUCGCUUGUAUGCCUUCAUAGUUCUUGUUCAAGCAAAUAGUGAUGCUGACGACCUUGUUUCUUUCUUCAACACUGAACCUGAGUUUGUCAAUGAGUUAGUGUCAUUAUUGAGCUUUGAAGAUGUGGUUCUUGAGAAAAUUCGAAUUCUAUGUCUUCUUUCAUUGGUUGCUCUAUGUCAAGAUCGGUCCCGACAGCCUACUGUUUUGACUGCUGUCACGUCAGGUGGGCAACGUGGAAUCCUAUCCAGUCUCAUGCAGAAGGCCAUUGAUUCUGUCAUCAGUGAUACAUCAAAGUGGUCUGUUGUUUUUGCUGAGGCUCUAUUAUCUCUUGUCACAGUUUUGGUUUCAUCAUCAUCAGGUUGUUCAGCCAUGCGUGAAGCUGGUUUUAUCCCCACCCUUCUGCCUUUGCUUAAAGAUACAAACCCACAGCACCUUCAUCUGGUCAGCACAUCUGUGCAUAUUUUAGAAGCUUUUAUGGAUUACAGUAAUCCAGCUGCUGCAUUGUUUCGGGAUUUGGGUGGUUUAGACGAUACCAUCUCUCGCCUUCAUGUGGAAGUGUCUCAUGUAGAAAAUGGCUCAAAGCAACAAGAUGAAGAUUCUGAGAUCAUUGGGAGGAGUGCUCAAGUAGUUGCAGGGACUUCCACAGAGCUAGACAACAUGCAGCCUUUGUAUUCAGAACCACUAGUUUCCUAUCACCGACGUUUGCUGAUGAAAGCUUUACUGCGUGCUAUAUCCCUUGGAACUUAUGCCCCGGGGAAUACUGCCCGUGUUUAUGGCUCAGAGGAGAGUCUAUUGCCACAAUGCUUAUGCAUAAUAUUUAAAAGGGCAAAAGAUUUUGGUGGUGGGGUGUUUUCACUUGCAGCCACAGUCAUGAGUGAUUUAAUUCACAAAGAUCCUACCUGUUUUCCGGUCUUGGAUGCAGCAGGCCUUCCUUCUGCUUUCUUGGAUGCUAUAAUGGAUGGUGUUCUUUGCUCUGCUGAAGCCAUUACGUGCAUACCACAGUGUCUAGAUGCCCUUUGCAUAAAUACUAAUAAUGGUCUUGAGGCUGUGAAAGAGCGAAAUGCUAUGAGGUGCUUUGUGAAGAUAUUUACUUCAAGAACCUAUCUGCGUGCCCUUACCAGUGAUACACCCGGCUCCUUAUCUAGUGGAUUGGAUGAAUUAAUGCGCCAUGCUUCCUCAUUGCGUGGGCCUGGAGUGGAUAUGCUGAUUGAGAUCUUAAAUGCAAUUUCAAAAAUUGGACAUGGGGUUGAUGCUUCGUGCAUGUCAACUGAUCCUUUGUGCUCUUCUACUCCUGUUCCAAUGGAAACUGAUGGAGAAGAGAGGAACUUGGUCCUGUCUGAUGGAGGGGAAUCAUCCAAAAUGGAUAGUUCAGAGCAGACUGCUGAACCAUCCUCUGAUUCUUUAACAGGGAAUGUUGAAUUAUUCCUUCCUGAUUGUGUCAGCAAUGCUGCACGUCUUCUUGAAACAAUACUUCAGAAUGGUGACACAUGCCGUAUAUUUGUGGAGAAGAAAGGAGUUGAAGCUGUCCUGCAGUUAUUUACCUUGCCUUUAUUGCCUCUUUCUGUUUCAGUUGGCCAGAGCAUUUCUGUUGCAUUUAAGAACUUCUCACCACAACAUUCUGCUUCGUUGGCUCGGGCAGUGUGUUCAUUCUUGAGAGAGCAUCUGAAAUCAACAAAUGAACUCUUAGUUUCAGUUGGAGGGACUCAACUUGCUGUGGUGGAAUCUGCAAAGCAAACUAAGGUUUUGAAACAUCUUUCAAGUCUUGAAGGUAUUCUGUCUCUGUCUAAUGUUCUGUUGAAAGGGACGACUACUGUGGUGUCUGAACUGGGUGCAGCAGAUGCUGAUGUAUUAAAAGAUCUUGGGAGUACAUACAGAGAAAUCAUUUGGCAGAUAUCUCUGUGUAACGAUGUCAAGUCAGAUGAGAAGAUCAGUGCUGAACAAGAACCAGAGAGUGCUGAGGCAGCACCUUCUAAUGCGUCUGGAAGAGAGAGUGAUGAUGAUGCUAAUAUUCCAAUGGUGAGAUAUAUGAAUCCAGUUUCUAUUAGGAAUCAGCCCUUGUGGGGCGGAGAACGCGAGUUUCUUUCAGUUGUUCGUUCUGGUGAAGGUUUGCACCGUCGUAGUCGACAUGGGUUUACACGCAUAAGGGGUGGAAGGACAGGCCGUCAUUUGGAGGCUUUAAAUGUUGAUUCUGAAUCUUCAUCAACAGUAUCGGAGACAUCUACUUCCCAGGAUUUAAAAAAGAAAAGUCCUGAUGUUCUUGUGAUUGAAAUUCUCAACAAGCUGGCUUCCACACUACGCUCCUUCUUCACGGCUCUUGUCAAGGGGUUCACAUCACCAAAUCGGCGUAGAGUUGACUCAGGGUCAUUGACUUUGGCUUCAAAGACUCUUGGAACUGCCCUAGCUAAAGUGUUUCUUGAGUCUCUUAGUUUCUCUGGGCAUUCUACAUCAGCUGGUCUUGAUACUUCACUUUCAGUCAAGUGUCGAUAUCUGGGAAAAGUUGUGGAUGAUAUGGUGUCACUUACAUUUGACAGCAGGCGGCGUACUUGUUAUACCACAACAGUGAAUAAUUUCUAUGUCCAUGGUACCUUUAAGGAGCUGCUUACGACAUUUGAAGCUACUAGUCAGUUGUUAUGGACCCUACCAUACUGUGUGCCAACAUCAGGUAUUGAUCAUGAAAAGACAGCUGAAGGAAGUAAACUGUCCCACAGUCCAUGGCUGCUUGAUACUUUACAGAGCUAUUGCCGUGUGCUCGAGUAUUUUGUUAAUUCUUCUUUACUCUUGUCGACAACCUCUGCAUCCCAGGCGCAGUUGCUUGUUCAGCCAGUUGCAGUUGGUCUGUCAAUUGGGCUUUUUCCUGUGCCAAGGGACCCUGAAGUUUUUGUUCGUAUGCUUCAAUCUCAAGUUCUUGAUGUGAUACUUCCUGUCUGGAACCACCCCAUGUUUCCAAAUUGUAGUCCAGGUUUCAUUGCUUCUAUUGUCUCGCUUGUUAUGCAUGUAUAUUCUGGUGUUGGAGACGUGAAGCAGAAUCGCAGUGGCAUUUCCGGAAGUACAAACCAACGAUUCAUGCCACCACCACUUGAUGAAAGUACUAUUACUACCAUUGUUGAGAUGGGUUUUUCAAGGGCCAGAGCAGAGGAUGCGCUUAGGCGGGUGGAAACAAAUAGCGUUGAAAUGGCCAUGGAAUGGCUCUUUAGUCAUCCCGAGGAUCCUGUGCAGGAGGAUGAUGAACUGGCUCGGGCACUUGCUCUUUCACUAGGAAAUUCAUCAGACGCAUCCAAAGCUGAUAGUGUUGACAAGUCUGUGGAUGUGCUGGCAGAAGAGGGUUGUGUGAAAGCUCCCCCUGUUGACGAUAUCCUUGCGGCAUCGGUGAAGUUGUUUCAGAGUAGUGAUACCAUGGCAUUCCCAUUGACAGAUUUGCUUGUGACACUUGGCAAUCGGAACAAAGGUGAAGACCGACCAAGAGUUGUAUCUUAUCUAAUUCAGCAGCUAAAGAACUGUCCAUUAGAUUUUCCUAAGGAUACCAGUGCAUUGAGUAUGGUAUCACAUGUUAUAGCAUUGCUUCUUUCUGAGGAUGGAAGCACAAGGGAAACUGCUGCACAACAUGGUAUUGUGUCUGCUGCAAUAGAUAUCUUGAUGAACUUUAAGGCCAAAGAUGAGUCGGGCAAUGAGCUUAUUGUCCCAAAAUGUAUCAGUGCUCUACUGCUUAUCUUGGAUAAUAUGUUGCAAUCAAGGCCCAAAAUUUCUGAAAACGUUGAAGAUACUCAGACAGGGUCUCUGCCUGAAUCUGGGGAGCAUGCGUCCUUGUCAAUCCCUGCAUCAGAUACAGAGAAAAAACAGGCUACAGAUACCCAUGAAAAAGAUUCUUCCACGGCAUUUGAGAAAAUAUUGGGGAAAUCUACUGGUUAUUUGACUAUGGAAGAAUGUCAUAAGGUGCUGGCAGUUGCUUGUGACUUGAUAAAGCAGCAUGUCCCGGCUAUGAUCAUGCAGGCUGUUUUACAGUUAUGUGCUCGCUUGACGAAAACUCAUUCUCUAGCUUUACAGUUCCUUGAAAAUGGGGGCUUGUUCGCCAUCUCCUUGAAGAUCCGCAAACACUUCAAACAGCAAUGGAAUUGGAGAUUCGCCAAGCCCUGA